CCCAUGAUUGGGAGGGGAUUGGAGCACCCGAAUCCCAUGAUUGGGAGGGGAUUGGAGCACCCGAAUCCCAUGAUUGGGAGGGGAUUGGAGCACCCGAAUCCCAUGAUUGGGAGGGGAUUGGAGCACCCGAAUCCCAUGAUUGGGAGGGGAUUGGAGCACCCGAAUCCCAUGAUUGGGAGGGGAUUGGAGCACCCGAAUCCCAUGAUUGGGAGGGGAUUGGAGCACCCGAAUCCCAUGAUUGGGAGGGGAUUGGAGCACCCGAAUCCCAUGAUUGGGAGGGGAUUGGAGCACCCGAAUCCCAUGAUUGGGAGGGGAUUGGAGCACCCGAAUCACAUGAUUGGGAGGGGAUUGGAGCACCUGAAUCACAUGAUUGGGAGGGGAUUGGAACACCUGAAUCACAUGACUGGGAGGGGACUGGAACACCUGAAUCACAUGAUAUGGAGGGGAUUGGAACACCUGUAUCACAUGAUAUGGAGGGGAUUGGAACACCUGAAUCACAUGAUAUGGAGGGGGAUUGGAACACCUGAAUCACAUGAUAUGGAGGGGAUUGGAACACCUGAAUCCAAUGAUUUGGAGGGGAUUGGAACACCUGAAUCACAUGAUAUGGAGGGGAUUGGAACACCUGAAUCCAAUAAUUGGGAGGGCGGGGCCAAUACUUUGGCAAUAUAGUGUAUCUAUAGAUGGAUAUA